AUGGCUGAUGACCGGUCAAACGCCCCAGAAACCUCUCACAAUCAUCAAAAUGCUUCUGAUGAUGAGGAUGCUGCUCUGUCCCCAGCAGAUGGCUACUUUCACAACUCGAAUGUCUUGUCGCAAGUAGUGGCACCCGAUAUCAAUGAUGGCCAGAGCCGUGUCACCGAUAGCCGGGAAACACGAGGACCGCUCUCUGCCAACGUGCCUCACGUUCCCAAUGUCUUGGUUGAGGAUCCAACGCUACGGCAAAGUGCUGCCGAUGCCAAGGCCCAAGAGGCAGCAGAUGAGGCAUCCGGCUCCAAUCCUCGAAACGACCAAGCAUCGCCAGACCAGGAGCCAGAGCAAGAACAACAACAAGAGCAGACACACGACAAUGGCAGUCCACAACCACAAGAAGCCAGCUCUUCGGCAGCACCAGUACAGACACCUACCACAAUAGAAACUGGUGCCAGUCCAACAGCCCAGCCUAUUCCACGUCCAUCUUCGCCUUCACCUCCACCGUCGCCUCUAUCACCACGUCCUCCACGGCGAUCGACAUCGGAAAACGCACCAUUGAUUCGUGGACAUCAUCGUGGCCAUCAUGGCAAUAGAGGCUACUCUGAUGCACCGCCAGCGUAUUCCCGGAACCCGCCAGCAUCUUAUCAGUCCAUCAACCCCAAUCCCUCCACGGCAUCCAUUCCGUCAGAGAACAAUGCAUUUCCAGGAGAAGAGGAACCAUUACUCUCAACUGACCCUCAGGCUAUGAGCGUACCUUUCCCUGAGCCAGAACUACCAGUGUCGCUUGUCUUUUGGCGCCGUUUCAGCAAGGUCACAGAACGCCCAAGAUAUAAAAAAAGAAUUGUCCUGAUCCUUGCUGCAAUUCUCAUUCUUGUCGUUAUGGCAAUAGUCGCCAUUACAUAUGCCAUGUCCAAUCACCAUAAACAUGACUACGUCGAAGAACCUGUUAAGCCGCCUGACGCGCCUGAAGAUGAUGGAUUUCACUGGAAUCCACCCAGGAACUGCCGCCAAUCCGAGCAUAGCCGCAUCACUGGCAGGCAGACAUAUACGUUUAGUGAAGACAAAGACUUUACUAUCCUCGAAGUCGCAAGUCAAGAAGAUUCCCAGCCAGCAAGCCGCCGAGUCCACGUCUUUGGGGACAUGUUCAUUCAGCCAAGCAGUGGUUCAUCCUACUCCACUGGCUCUAUUCUGGUCGAAUCCAUCGCAAAUCAAGAAGAGCUAGGACCGUUGCUUGGCUGGGACAGAAGCACUCGUACCUUCAAGCUAACCACCCCCGGUGAAGUACAUUGGGACGAUCGAGAUUCGGAUCCUUGUAUGCAAGUCCGCAUCACCAUGUCUGUCCCACAAGAUGCCGUUCUCAACUCGCUUUCCCUUCAAUCGCAGAAUCUCAAUAUCAAGGUCCACGAGGGCCUGGCAUUGAGUGUGAUGAGCCACGCUGAUGUCCUAACAAUGGCCGGUGACGUCAUUUUUCCGAAAAGGCAAAAGAACGAAACCCUGGUUCCUUAUCGUCUCGAAACGAGCGACUUGACCGUGCAAGCUACGGCUGGCAACUUGCGUGGAUGGUUCCCUAUAUAUGACACGCUGAUACUAGCCACACAUUCUGGUAACGUCGUCGCAAACGUAAGCCAAAAGCUGCCCAAGUACCCCAAGGCCACUGCGUCGAAGCUAGGCGUAAAAACGCACACCGGACAUGUAACCAUUUCAGAGUCUCACAUCGACACAUCCUCUGGACGGUCGAGGUUGCGGGAGCAUCAGGUAGCCGUCGAAGGAGACACAGGCAACACGGAUAUCGAAACUCUUUUUGCGUCCAUGGUCCUCAUAACCUCCCAGAGCGGAAAUAUAAAAUUGAAUGCCUGGCCAGCUUCAGACAGUGAUUGCGUAAGAUGGGGCCACAAGUUUUGCUUGAUUUCGACAGAGACCAAAUCAGGUUCUACUGCUAUUACGAUCAAUCCGCCCCGAAAGUUGAAAGCAGGCAGCCCAGAUCAGGGGAACUCUACAUUUGAUGACGCAAUAUCUCCCUUUGAUACCCAUGUCGGAAUGUCAGGCAACCUUACCAAGCUCCAGUCCGAGCACGCUUCAACAACUGGGAAAAUCACAGCCAAAUAUCCGCGGUCCUGGCAGGGAACGGUAAUUGGUUCAACUCUGACGGGCAACUUGUCAUAUCGCGGCAAAGAUUUAAUCAUGAAGAAGUGGGAUGCUGUCAACAAGCGAUUGAAAGGAGUCAAAGGAGAGGGAGACUCUGUGCUCGUCGUGAGUACAUUGUCAGGCGAUCAGGACGUCUUGGUGGGUGACGAAGAAGAUGCGUAA